AUGAGAUUCAAACAGAUGAGGGUAGUCCUCAAUCCCGGACGCUGGCAGCUUAGAGGCUUGCGCAAAGCCCCUGGAAGCUUCCAUCACGCAAAUAGAUGGUACGCGACACAGAACCUGGCCAAAGGUGGGCCUUUUGCAUACACAUGGCUCACGAAGACAGCAGAAGAGACAACCCCGGAUGAUAUUCUGACCAGUCUUCCUUCAGGGCCCGCGAGCCCAUCAGCUGCACCCGCUUCUAUCCCUCUCCUCCUCGUCACACCAAGCUUCGCCCACUGGCUUGAUUCUUCUAGCCCUUUCUUGUCACAAUUUCUCAGUCGCCUUUACGGCAACUCCCCAGACAAAGAUACUCUAUAUGCCGUUACAGCCGUGGUUGAUGCACUCCCGGAUACUACAUCCCAAGGCCCAAACUUAAGUGAAUCCGAAGGGCUGUCGCUUCUGGCUGUAGGACAAGCAGGUGUCCAGGCAAAGGCUGCACCGGCCCGUCUCAUUAGAAGCUCUGCCAGCGAGGAGACCAAUCUCUUGUUUUCAUUCCAAACCGAAGUGAUUGGUCAACCUGCGCACGAAGUUGGAUUACGCCUAGCGAACACUAUAUUUGUCAAUGGGAGAGAAACAACAAUCUUUGGUACACGUUGGCUUUGGGAUAAAACCUCAAACGGAUAUGUUUUGGACAAAUCAGUCGAUUUCACAAGCUGCAUGGUUACAGCCUCUUCCCAGGCUGUAGAUACCGCAUUGGAGUUGCCAUUGCAUCCAGUGACUGACCGACGAAGAGUCAUGACUAGCAUGGGAAACAUUUUACGGCAACUAGCAAAAUCGACGGAUGUGAGGUCGAUGGACACAAUGCCUGCUUCGUCGGAGCUCGAGAAGGAACUUCCGCGUUAUAUCGCAGAACAUAAUAUCAUUGACCAGCGUGUAUCCGUAUGGGCACUUGUCGAGAAACCCGAGUUAGAGGUGGCUGGUUCAGGUUCAUCUACGCAUGAUCGCUUGAUCCAAUCUCUGUACCAAGGUGGGAAAUUGCACCGUGUCAUGAGCGGUGGGGGUGGAUGGGGAAAGAAACAAGGCCUUCUUUCUCUGGAUCCUGAAAUCAGCUUCUCGGGGACUGCCAACCGAGACGAUCUUGUCGCAUUGAGUCAAGUUUUUGACCCUGACACCACACAGUUGGACACACUCCCUUCUAUUGAUAAGGGAAUUACUGUAGAUGAUCUAUCUCUACUUUCACAGGUUGCUACCGCAGGUGACUAUAUUCAGUUCUUUGUGUCGGUAGAACCGACUGGGGCACAGGGUAAAGUUUCGAGCAAUCAUGACUCGCAGGAAGAGCCUAUCAGCUAUCACUUUGGAAUGAUAGCUGAUCCUAUGGAAUCUGAGACACAUGUCACGCAUGAGGACAACAAUGGGAUCAUUUCUCUGCCUCGCACCUUUGGAGCAUUGUCCGAGAAGGCGAUUGCCUACUCGCAGCCCAUCAAAGGUGAGAUGGAGUCGGAGUCGUGCACGAAACUGGAUAUUCCAGGAUCUCGAAUUGUCCUCGAAACUGUAUAA